AGGGUNCGGGCGGAUCCGCUGACGGCCGCCCGCGGGCCCGCUGCCAUCGUCUUGCGUCCUCCUGCCUGGAAAAGUGGUUAAGCUUUUAAAAUGUCAUCUAUCAAGCACCUCGUUUAUGCAGUUAUUCGUUUCUUACGGGAACAAAGUCAGAUGGAUGCUUAUACUUCAGAUGAACAAGAAAGUUUGGAAGUUGCAAUUCAGUGCUUGGAGACAGUUUUUAAAAUCAGCCCAGAAGAUACCCAUCUAGCAGUUUCACAGCCUCUGACAGAAAUGUUCACAAAUUCCUUCUGUAAGAAUGACAUUAUGCCUAUCUCAAACUCAGUGCCUGAAGAUGUGGGAAAAGCUGACCAAUUAAAAGAUGAAGGCAAUAACCACAUGAAAGAAGAAAACUAUGCUGCUGCAGUAGAUUGUUACACACAGGCGAUAGAAAUGGAUCCAAAUAAUGCGGUUUAUUAUUGUAACAGGGCUGCUGCUCAGAGUAAAUUAGGUCACUACACAGAUGCAAUAAAGGAUUGUGAAAAAGCAAUAGCAAUUGAUUCAAAGUACAGCAAGGCCUAUGGGAGAAUGGGGCUGGCCCUUACUGCCAUGAAUAAAUUUGAAGAAGCAGUUAGAAGUUAUCAAAAGGCACUAGAUCUUGACCCUGAAAAUGAUUCCUAUAAGUCAAAUCUGAAAAUAGCAGAACAGAAGUUGAGAGAGGUAGCCAGUCCUACAGGAACUGGAUUGAGCUUUGACAUGGCGAGUUUAAUAAAUAAUCCAGCGUUCAUUAGUAUGGCGGCAAGUUUAAUGCAGAACCCUCAAGUUCAACAGCUAAUGUCAGGAAUGAUGACAAAUGCCAUUGGGGGACCUGCUGCUGGAGUUGGGGGCCUAACUGACCUGUCCAGCCUCAUCCAAGCGGGACAGCAGUUUGCUCAGCAGAUACAGCAACAGAAUCCUGAACUAAUAGAACAGCUGAGAAAUCACAUCCGGAGCAGAUCCUUCAGUAGCAGCACCGAAGACCAUUCCUGACCUGGCCAGGGACUCCAGCCCAGAGUGCAAAUGGUUAUGGCUCUGAAGUGGUUGCUGUAGAUAGUGGCCAAAAAACAAACAAAAACCCUGAGGAAUAAAUCUGUCUAGACAGUAGGUUUAUCACAAACAGACUUGAACAUAACAUGACUCCUUUGUAAACAAAUCAUCAGUACCCUUGUUAAGUGGCAGUACAGCACUGGACAGGGUACCAUUUUCAAAUGGUCAUCGUCACAUUUGUACAUUAGACUUAACAGCAGACUGUAUCGACUGAACAGUGAGGCUGUUCUAUGGUGAGUUCUCUAGCUCCAGAUUCCCUUAAGCAAACAUUUUUGAAAGGGGAGAUGACUAAGAGGAAAGAUUUCUUAUGCUGGGUUAGAAGUGUACUUGCCACUGAUCAGCAUGUCCGGAGAGAAGAAAUCUGUCAUCUGGGUUUAGCUUUAAUGAUGCUGUCAGUAAUGAAUACAUACCAGAGGGGCCAGGACUAUCUUUAUUGCUGCUUGUUCUGAUGGGUGACAGGGAAUGCUAGGAGCUGGUGGAAAGCAGCAUUUAUUGGAAGGGCUGUUGAUUUGAAAAGAAAAAAAUCGAUGCUGUGAAUAUAUAAAAAGGGAAGGUAGGUAGGUAGGAUGCUCAGGUUUUCUGCAUAGUUCUUAGCUAAUCUCGCCUGCAGUUUUGUAUUGGUUAACAUCAGCAUGGUCAAUUAUGCUAAGUACAUAAUAAAAUACAUUUAGGAAUCCUUAAUGGUACUGGGUAGAUCAGUUGUAUAACUAACUAUUCAGUUUAACUAGCACAAUUUCCUCAGUGGUGACCUUACCAUGGAAACUCUCAAAUAUACCUAUGUUUAAAUAAGCCAAUGACUUGGCCCUUAAGGAUUUUCUAAGUGGUGUUUAGUUAUGUGCCCAUAAACACUGUUUUGUUUUUUUAACAGUAAUUAUUUGAUGAAUAACAAAAAGCAUCUAUCCCUAACAAUGCUUGUUCAUGUAACCCUCUGCUAUAAUUUGGUUUGGCAUGUUGCUUUUAUGCUUAACCUUAAUUUGAUGCAACUUAAACUUAAUAGGGGGCUUAAAAUAUUAUACUGAAAUUAGAAUACAUAUUAGUUUGUGGAGAGAAAUGGCAUUGUUCGGUAUUAAUGACAUGGCUCUAACUACAGUGAUGGGUGAGAUUGUUCUAAAUCCAACUGGAAUUUCUUUUGUUUGUUAAUUAUGAAAUUGGUUAAGUUGGGCAGACUUGUAAUGAUUUCACAAGUGCUUGAGAGAAAACAAAAAUAAAGGAAUAUUAAAUUAGUAAUACUGCUGAUGAUCAGGGCCUUACUAUAACUAUUCUCAAAAGGCUACUUAUUAUCUUGAAGUUUAAAAACCAAUGUUUCCUUUCCCUUUGUGAGAUUAGACCAGUGAUUCUAUAUUUCACUGUCAGAAUCAUCAGGGAAUUUGUUAAAAAUGCAGAUGCAGGACCACACCUUCAAUUUUUAUUUAGUAGGUCCUGUAAUAAGGAACCACCAUUUUACACAGUACACCAGGUGGUUCUGAUAUAGAUCCAAAGACUUUAAAUUAGAACAGCACUAGGUUAGAGAUUUCUCCUCAGUUAGACCAGCAAAUACCUAAUCCCCCUGAGCUCAGGCUACAACGAAGACAUAUAAACAUAUAGUUUUGGCCAGAGAAGAGCAGGACCUAAGUCUUAGGCCCUCUGAAUUAAAUCUCCUAUAUUCCAUCUAAACCAACUUAAUGUUUCAUAAGUUAAAUUCAGCUCCUAGUGUUCAAGUGUUACACAAAAUGAAGUACUAAAUGAAAGUGAGACUGAUGAAAAGAAAGGAAAGUUGAUCCUUAAUUAAAAAUUAGUCACUCUUACCCAGUAUUAAGAAAAAGUUUCUAGUAUAACUAUCAUGAGUGCAUUAAAAAUGCUUUCAGAUUGAUAAAAUUGGUAAGCCUCCAACUUUACUGACUAGGAAAAUAGAGAAAAUACAAAGCAACAGUAUCAUAAGUGAAAGAGGAGAUAUUACUGCAGAUAUCCUAUAGACAUAAAAGGAUCACUAGAAAAUAACACAACCAACUCUAGGUUCAUAUAUUUAGCAACUUAAGACAAAACAAAGCUCACUGAAGAAAUGGAUAUCUUCCAUCAGAAAAGAAAACUACAAUAAUCCCAAAUGAUUUCAAUAGGGAAUUCUACCAAACACUUAAGGUAAAAAUACUAUCAAUUCUAUAUAAUCUCUUCCAGGAAAUAGAAGAGGAGGAAAAAUUUCCCAACUCAUUUUAUAUACCUAUUACUCUAAUACCAAAAUCAGACAAAGACAUUAUAAGAAAAAAAUACUUUAAAACCAUGUCUUGAUUUGCUAAUAUCUGUUGUGAAGGUAGACAUUCUUUUUAUAAGAAGUAAUGGGAAUUGUUGUGUUUCUUCCUUUUUACCUUUCCAGUUAGUUUCUUUGCUAAUAUACCACCUAUAACAAAUUCAUUCUAGAUGAUAUCUGUCCACUUACCUGUAUUUCCAUUGGACUGAAGCCAGUGUUGGUCUUCAAGUACCUUCAUCACGUUGGAAUGACUGCAUUUUAAGAAAGUGUUGUAUAGUUGGAUUUCCUGGCUACUCUCAAAAUUAUAAGGAAUGCCCCCAAUAUUAUUCAUGCUUAUCUAGAACAAGACAGCAUUGAGGUAAAUCUUUAUAUACAUUCUACUUAGGAAUGGCUGACUUCCAUUAACCACAUUUCAUUGUAGCAGCUGUAGCUGUUAUAAUGGUGUUAAACUUAAAAUGUCUUUUUUAUGCAAAUGACAUUUUCAUUUAAUGUACCAAACUGUUUAUCUAAUUUUUAUAAUAUGGUUUAAACAGGUCCUUUCUAAGAUAACAUUAUCUAACCUUUACUUAAAGAAUGAAAAAUAUGUGUCUAGAUUAUUGCAUAUAAAAAGAGACUUUGGAAUUAAGUCAAAUUAUAUAGCAUAUUUCAAGUGACCAUGAUAUGUUACUUUUUAAAUUUGAAACAGAGUAAAAUAGAAGGCUCAGUCAUGAAAAGAUGCUUAAAAAACAAUCAAAACACCCAGUGCAGUGGCUAUAAAAUCUUAUUUAUCACUUUAUCAAUCUUACUCAUUUUAGAAGACAGACAUUUUACACUUCUUGUACUUUAUUUUGUACAUACGUUUCAUUAUCACUCUAAUUUAAGGGGCAAAUCUCACUCUGAAUAUAGCUUUCACUUUGGACCAAUUUGUCAUGGCAAUCAAUAAUUAUGCAUUUAAGAAAAACCAAUUUUUGUAUUUGACUUAAUGUACUCUUACAUUUAAGCAAUUAUAUAUACCUCCUUGAAUUGCAUUUUACCAAAAUAAGUUUUUAGUUAACAGCAUAACCUUUUGUUUUCCUGACAGAAUAUUGCAACUUUCAGUACAUUCAUGUUGCAAAGCUGUUUAGAAUCUUAAUUUUUCACUGUUUUGUUCUUGGCAUAAGUAAAUUAGUGUAAUUACAUGCAAAAAUACAAAGUUUAAUAAUAUUACAUAAUUUAGAAUUCAAAAUCAAAUAUUAGAAGCUGGAAAUCCUUUAAAUAUGCCUAUGAAAAUAAGUGGCUUAUUUUUUUAUGGGAAAAAACCCCCAGGACUUUUGGACUUAAAAAUUAUCAGGCUUCUUAAUUAAAAGUGAACAGAGUAAUCAACAAUCUAAGAAAUAAAACUAAUUCUGAUCUGCUAUAACUGAAACUUAGAUGUGUGUGUUUGUAUGUCUACACAAACACAGUUACAUACCAAUACAAUCAUUUUGAAAACAACUAGACAAAUUCAUAGUGUGUUAGCAAAUAUAAGGUUACAUGAGGAGUACCCAGUUGUUAACAAACUUUUUCUGUUGAAUGUGGAGCUAAGAAAAACACGGGGGUUAACUGAAAUAUUCCUAAAUAAACUAUUACACAGA